UUAGUGGAAGCAAGUUCGCCUUAUGGUUUUCAAAGUAAGGUUAAUAUUUGGACGGAUGGUGAUGAGGUAGGAUCUUAUUUUCCGUGUGAACAACUUCACGUAAUUAUUUUUAUAAAAGAAAGUGCUGAAUUCGAGCUUGGUCUAAGGACAGUGAAAUCCCACAGAAAUAGAAAAAUGGAUUUCAAAUGGAGCUAUGACCAGGAAGAACCUUCUUUUUUUAUUCCACAUCCACAUGAGCCCCCGAGUAACAGCUAUUCAGCCGUCAAACAUUCAGCUGAUGCCCAUCCUAUUGGUCCCAUUAUGGAUUUGUGUGCUGAUUAUGUUCGCUGUUAUUUGGGAAAUGAGUCAAAUGGAGAAAUUGAUAUUGAAACAAUAACUCCUACCAGCGAGUUUAACAUGGAGAUAAUAUCUGGAGUUGAAUCUAAUCAAAACAUUUUAACUUAUGACCUGAUUCAUUCCGGAAUGAAACAAGUUGACGAGGAGAUCUUGCGGAUGAAGGAAGCUGAUAGCCAACCGGUUUCCGGCCAACAUACUCCAAUGGACGUUGCCAGUCUUUCUGCUGCACAAGGUUCUCAGGACUGGCAUUAUGUCCAGUUAAUUGACAAUUUCGGUGGAACUCAAUGCUUUGCUGUAAACGAAGAAGCCCAGGAGCUGAAGCAGCAGGUUGAGCAAAUGAUCAAGCAACACCCGUCACUUUCUCCUGAACAGCCCGAUUGCAGCAGUAAGCUUUACCGAUUGCUAAACUACUUACCUUCAGAAUCAACCAGCAUCGACCCUCAAGAAUUUCAACCAGUAACAGAGUUUAUGCCUCAAGUUGAUUCCAACUCCGGAAAAAGUGAUACCCAGUCAAAUUGUCGAUCCGGAAACAUCAGUAUCCCGGAUAGCGCCAUCGUGACGUUACCAGUGGAGAAAAUGAUCGAAGAGAUUUGCUCCCUUGAUGCAGUUGAAGCGAUUCAAGAAACUAAAGAAGAAAAAGACGAAUUUGUAAUAACCAUUCAUUCCGAAUCAAUCAAAAAUGCCGUUUGUAAAUUCAGAUCUAUCCCUGUUCCAACUCCUUCGAUUACCAUCCAGCCUACUGAAGAAUUUUCUUGUGAUGUCGCUGGUUUUUCGCCGUCGAUUCCCGAGUCCGCUAUGCAACCAGUAACCAACUAUACCGAGAUUGGCCCGUUUUGCACAGCUGCCGGCAUCUUUUCCAAUGUUUUUGACUUGACAGAUCUUCCAACGAGCCAAGAGAAACUAAAGGCUGAGAAGCUAAAGAAUGGCGUCGUGAUUGAAUUGCACUCCCACUUCUCUCAGGUUAAGGAAACGAGAAGAAACUUUGCCAGAGCACUCAGUCUGUUUUUCGACGUUAAACUGGAUUGGACAAACCAACGCGUGGUCAGCCGGCUUUUCAGCAAAGCAAUGAAUCCGCUGUUAGCUAAAAGAGCAGAUCUCGCCAGGUGUCAUGUUGCUCCUACUAGUCGUCGGGCCUCUCACUCCAGAAAGAUGGUUAAGCAAGAAAACGGUCCGCACGAACAAAUUUCUCAAUUCGAUGCUGCUGUCUUUGUUAUACCUCCGGACGGAUUUGAAGAUCCUAAUCCUCUUCUCCAAGUCAUCAAAACCAGCGACAAAAAAGUCAAAAAGGAUUUGGAUGAAGGUAAAUUACCCGCCUCCAAGGUGCGUAAGCCCACUCAAGGACAACAAUUGCUUCAACUUCAAACCCGUUUUGAUGCCUUCCGCCGUGCCCAGCGCAAACACAAUGCUGCAUUCCUUCGCCAUAUCCACCUAAUCCAGCGUCAACUCCAAGAUGUCAAAUGGAAUACCGCAAAGCACAUUCUUCAAAACCGACGUCGUUCCAUGCCGUCGUCCAUGGUUCACCCUUCUGUCUAAUUUUGAAAACACCAAAAUCUUUUGACUGCCCUCGACUCCCCGAGUCUUCACCUCCCCUUUUGUUCUCUACGUUUCAAACCCAGAGAGAUAUCUAUUGCUCGUCCAGUUACGCGCAUCCAAGUGAAGCGGAGACCGAAGAAAUUCGGAAAUUUCCUUGACGGGAGCCAAAAUUCCGCGUUCGUUUAUUUUCAAAAUUGAUAUUCUGUUUGUUUGUUUUUCUGGUCUUUUUUUUAUGGGGCGUUUUCUUUAUAUAAUUUUUUUUGUGUGUGUGUGUGAUGUUGUGGGGAAUUUGUAUAGUUUUCGCUUCUACUGUUUAUUUUCUGGGAUAUGUUUGUGGGUUUUGGGUACCAUUCCAAGAUGGUUUUUCUCUUUUGUUUGGGGGUUUUACACGGUUUCGCACACAGAUGUUCGCAAUACAUCGACGAGUUUAAAAUUAAA